UUGCCAGACUUCCAGGAGUUGGAGCGACUGACCAAGAACGGCACACCGACAACGUGAAAAAAGGAAACUCGUGUCUUCUUCCUGUAUGGAUCUACUUUCUUCUCUGGAAGGGUUUCGAGGAGCUGCAAUGGUUUGCAUGGCUGGGCAUGUUCGAGACUUGUAUUCAAGAGAAAUGGCACACGUCCUAUACGUUGCAAAGUUGUAAAAGUAGUUUCCCUUGAAGUUUUUUUUUCCGCCACCAGCUCAGACUUCGUGUUUCUCCAGCCUGUCGACCCACAGCCAUCAUGGCGAGGAGGACGGGGGAGAAACGGCUGGUUUUGAAGACGAAAACACGCGCGGCUUUUCGGGAUAAACGCAUUCGGUUUCACAGGGGUUUGUUGGCUUUUUCGUGGAGCAUCGUUUUAAUCUGCUUGGCUCUUUCGUGUGGAUAUUGCAGAGCAGAGACGGAGUUUUCCAUCCUGGAAGAAGCUCAAGUUUUGGCCGAUCAGAUGAAAAAGCUGUCCUCACAGGAGCUGGGAGUCUUUACUAUGCAGAGGAUUUUCAACUCGUUUGUGUACACUGAGAAGACUUCAAACGGAGAGACAGAGGUGCAGCAGUUGGCCAAAAAGAUCCGUGAAAAGUUCAACCGCUACCUGGACGUAGUGAACCGGAACAAACAGGUGGUGGAGGCCUCGUACACCGCCCACCUCACCUCUCCACUCACUGCCAUACAGGACUGCUGCUCCAUACCCACAUCUAUGAUGGAGUUUGAUGGAAACUUCAAUACCAACGUCUCCAAGACCAUCUGCUGCGAUAGACUUUCCCCCAACGUCAACAGCCGAGCAUUCAAUCCUGGACGGGACCUCAACUCAGUGUUAGCAGACAACCUGAAGUCCAACCCGGGGAUAAAGUGGCAGUACUUCAGCUCAGAGGAGGGCAUCUUCACAGUCUUCCCUGCCCACAAGUUCCAGUGCAAGGGAACUUACGAGCAUCGCAGCAGGCCUGUGUAUGUGUCUGCGGUGCGUCCCCAGUCUAAACACAUCGUGGUGAUGGUGGAUCAUGGAGCAUCUGUAACAGACACCCAGCUUCAGAUCGCCAGGGACUCCGCACUGGUCAUCCUCAACGCCAUCGAUGAACAUGACAAGAUCUCCAUUUUGUCAGUGGCAGACACCGUUCGCACCUGCUCUCUGGACCAGUGCUACAAGAGUCUGCUCUCUCCGGCCACCAGUGAGACCAAGAGGAAGAUGAGCACCUUCAUCUCCAACAUCAAGGCGUCUGAUGCAGCCACACAGCACGCUGCAGGCUUCCAGAAGGCCUUCCAGCUGCUCCGAAACACCAGCAGUCUCUGCAAACAUAGCACCACCACAGACAUGGUGAUCAUCCACCUGUCGUCCGGUAUCACGUCCCGAGAUUCAUCAGAGCAGGAGAAGAGAGCGACGCUCCGUGUGGUCAGAGAGGAGAACCGCCACCUCAACAACUCGGUCAUGAUCCUCACAUACGCUCUCAUGAACGAGGGUGUAACAGGCCUGAAGGAGCUGGCCUUCUUGAGGGAUCUUGCAGAGCAGAAUUCAGUGAAAUAUGGCGUUGACCGAGCAUCAGAUAGAGACCGAUCAUAUGGGUCGUCCUCGUCUGGAUCGGUCUCCAUGAUGCCGGUGGUGAAGGGAAGCAUGAUGGUUCUAAAUCAGCUGAGCAACCUAGAGACGACAGUCGGCCGCUUCUACAUCAACCUGCCCAAUCGCAUGAUCGACCUGGUCCGCUUCAGCCUGCCCUACACUGACCCCAUGGGAGACGGGUUUAUUAUGACCGUGAGCCGGCCGUGUUAUUUCGGUAACCUGCUGCUUGGCGUGGUGGGGGUGGACGUGAACCUGGCCUACAUCUUGGAGGAUGUCACAUACUACCAGGACUCACUGGCUUCAUACACGUUUCUCAUUGACAACAAAGGUUACACCCUGAUGCAUCCAUCACUCACACGGCCCUACCUGAUGACAGAGGCUCCCCUGCACACGGACAUUAUCCACUACGAGAAUAUCCCAGCAUUCCCUGUUGUGCGGCAGAACAUCCUCAGCCUCCCUCUGGGCAGUCAGGUGAUUUCUGUCCCAGUCAACUCCUCUCUGUCCUGGCACACAAACCGACUCCGGGACAACAGCAAGGAUGCAUACAACGUCAGCUACGCCUGGAAACUGGUUCAGGACACGUCGUUCAUCCUGUGCAUUGUGUACGUGCAGCCGGAGAUCCCUGUUAAGCAUCUGAAGAACCUGAAUACAGCGCCCAGCUCCAAGUUGCUGUAUCAUCGCUUAGACCUGCUGGGUCAGCCCAGCUCCUGCCUGCACUUCAAACAGCUCGCCACAGUUGAGUCUCCCACGGUGAUGUUGGCAGCUGGAAGUUUCUCCUCUCCCUACGAGCACCUCAGUCAGCCGGAAACAAAGCGCAUGGUGGAGCACUACACCGCCUACCUGAGUGAUAACACCAGGCUCAUAGCCAACCCAGGCCUCAAGUCCUCUGUCAGAAACGAGGUUAUGGCGACCAGUCACGUCACGGAUGAGUGGAUGACACUAAUGGAAAUGAGUAGCCUCAACUGCUACAUUGUGCGCCGUUACAUAGCAACCCCCAGUGGGGUGCUCCGGAUUUACCCAGGAUCACUGAUGGACAAAGCCUUCGACCCGACCCGCAGACAAUGGUACCAGCAUGCUGUGGCUAACCCUGGCCUCAUCACCUUCACGGGACCCUACCUGGAUGUGGGCGGGGCGGGCUAUGUUGUCACUAUCAGUCACACUAUCCAUGCCUCCAGCUCUCAGAUGGCCCCUGGGUAUGCCGUUGCAGUGAUGGGCAUAGACUUCACUCUUCGCUACUUCUAUAAGGUCUUACUGGACCUGCUUCCCAUCUGCAACCAGGACAAGGGAAACAAGAUCAGGUGCUUCAUAAUGGAGGAUAGAGGGUACCUGGUGGCUCACCCCACUCUCAUUGACCCCAAAGGUCACGCCCCCGCAGAGCAGCAGCACAUUACACACAAGGAGCCGUUGGUGGCUAACGACAUCCUGAACCAUCCCAACUUUGUGAAGAAAAACUUGUGUAACAGUUUCAGUGACCGCACCGUGCAGCGCUUCUACAAGUUCAACACCAGCAUAAUGGGGGACCUUACCAACCGUCAUGGGAGCCACUGUUCUAAGUACCGUCUGACCCGAAUCCCUGGCACCAACGCUUUCGCUGGCAUUGUUAACGAGACGUGUGACUCUCUGGCGUUCUGCGCCUGCAGCACGGUGGACCGCCUCUGUCUCAACUGCCACAGAAUGGAGCAGAAUGAAUGUGAGUGUCCAUGUGAGUGCCCCCUGGAGGUCAAUGAGUGUACUGGCAACCUCACUAAUGCUGAAAACAGGAACCCUAGCUGUGAGGUGCAUCAUGAGCCAGUCAGUCUGAAUGUGAUUGAUCCCAGUCUGCAUGAAACGCUGCCCCAGUGCAUCAACACUCGCUGUAGCCAGAGAUACACCAGCAGUGAUUGUUUUGGCGUUUUGGACUGUGAGUGGUGCAUGGUGGACAGUGAUGCUAAGACGCAUCUCGACAAGCCGUACUGUGCCCUACAGAAGGAAUGUUUUGGGGGAAUUGUUGGUGCCAAAAGUCCCUAUGCAGAUGGCAUGGGAAUGCUAGAUGAGGAGGUGGCCUCUCUGAACAUGAUCAAGAGCGCCCCUGUGGGUCCAGUUGCUGGGGGCAUUAUGGGAUGCAUCAUGGUGUUGGUGCUGGCUGUGUAUGCAUACAGACACCAGAUCCACAGGCGGUCGCACCAGCAUAUGUCACCACUGGCAGCACAAGAAAUGUCAGUGAGAAUGUCCAACCUGGAUAAUGAAAGAGAUGAAAGGGAUGAAGACAGCCAUGAGGACAGAGGAAUUAUCAGUAAUACUCGAUUCAUUGCUGCCGUAAUCGAGCGACACACUCACACGCCUGAGCGGAGACGGAGGUACUGGGGUCGAUCCGGGACGGAGAGCGACCAUGGCUACAGCACCAUGAGCCCGCAGGAGGACAGUGAGAAUCCACCUGGGAACAACGACCCGCUCUCAGCAGGUGUGGACGUCGGUAACCACGACGACGACCUCGACCUAGACACACCACCUCAGACGGCGGCGUUGCUCAGCCACAAGUUUCACCCUUACCGGCACACGCAUACACACCACCACCCGCUGCACAUGCACACGCACCACCUGCAGGCGGCAGUCACCGUGCACAGUGUGGACGCAGAGUGCUGAUCCUGUUGGGAAUGGACCUUUUUGUAUUAAAGACUAUUUUUAAGAAAAAACAUUAGUGCUUGAUCGGACAGCACGCAGUAGGUACUGUCAGGAUGGACGGAGGGAGAGAGAAGCUGGACUCGCAGUGUUUAUGGGCCGCUGGGAUCUCUGACAUGAGUUCAGUGUGUAAUGGGUGUUAGCCUCAUGGUCUCAUUGCGCCAACAUCUGCAUCUCAACCCAGACCAAGAUCUUGUUAGUGCACAUAGCCUAACUCGACUUUUCGUGUGUUUUCUGAAUUUAUUUGCAAUUCAGAUCACAACUGGAACCUAAAAUCCUUGAGGGAGUAGUGAGGUCUUCAUUUCCAUAUGGAAAGCCAGAGCAACGACUUUAUAGGACCAGAGGAAAAGCCAAUUAACAAAUUAAAUCUAUAUGCUGAUUGAACCCUUUUGCCCUAAUGCUUUAUUCCCACCUUGCCCCUAAGCCUCCUUGUGGUGAAAACGUCUCUGAUUAAGACAAAGUCCUGUAUUUUUGCAAAGAAUAGGAUCUAAUAUGAGAUUCUAUUACGGAUAAUAAUGAAAUUUCAUUCUCCCAUUAUCACUCAACAGUUGGUUUUCUCUGAAGGGUAAUCCUGAGUCUCUGUGAACUUCAUAGUGCAGAAGAAGCAAACUUCAAUGAUUCAAAUAAAUACAAGAAGAAAACAAAUUAAGAGGAAACAAAUAUUUUUCUAUUAUUUAUUAAGGAGGUACCUUUAAAAUGACAGAUGAGUAAGCAGCUGCAGAUAACAAACAAGAUAAGUGAUGCUUAUCAACCCACUUCCUAUAAACAAUGCAUCAUAUUUAGAGCUCAUUAGUUUCUCUUUUCAUUUCCCUACAAGCACAUGGUCUGCUUUUGUUUAUCAGACAGUGUGAAAACGAAGGGACCCUGUAGCAUUAUCAGAAGCUCAUUGGAUUUUAUUUCUAUUUCUCUCUUAACUUUCUUUUACUAGAGGCAUAUUUUUGAGCUAUCCUCUCCACCAGAUGAUCCCAUUUGCUAUAUGGUGUUGUGCCUGGGUUUACUUCAAGGAGGAAACUUAUUGGAUGAGCAGGGACCUAACAUUUUAAUCAGAUCUGCUCCUUACAACACAAAACAUUGUCAUUCUGGACAUGUCCCUUUUAAGGAGGCAGGAAACGUUUGCUGGCCUUUGUAAGCCUAUCGGGGAUUGAAGAGGGAAGCGAGAAACUAGCACCAGCAAAAAGUUCCUGGUUUAAGUCCCUGCUGGAGAUUUGGUUUGUGAGGAUAAUUGGGGAUCCUCACAGAGGACUGAUUCACAGAGACUGACUGCCGUCCCCUCUGUCUGCCUGAGUAGAAAAACCAGUACUGAAAGCUGCCCCCUACCCCACCCCCUUUCCAAUUCAACCACAACAUUUUUUGACUUGUUGCCUCGCUGUUGCAGAGCUAAUACUGUCUGUAUGUUAAGUUGUGUGCUGGAUUUGGUGCAAAGCAAGCUUAAUUUCCAGUGAUGCCCAAGAUGGAGUCUCCCUCUCAUUAAAGAGAGUGAAAGAGGGAGAGAUGCUGCUGUUGUUGUACAGAGGUUACACCCAUCUGUCAGCUCCUCUGUGGUUAACCACUCAAAAUGUAUUUUCUACACGUCUCUGGAUUAACUGUUACAUGUGUGUGAGUGUGUAUAUGUGAGAGUGAGAGCAUGGAGAGAGAAUGACUAUCAACCUGGAACAUUUUCAUUGAAUGCAUUAUUGUAUUUUUUUCAAGAUAGUAUUAGAGAAUUAUAGGUUAAACUAUUCUGAUCGAGAAAUCCACUUAUUUUAAUACUGAUGAAGAGUCACGUGACCUGCUCUGUGCUUUGUGCAUACAACUGGUCAAGAUCGCCUCAGUGUGAUAUCAUUUAUUUUUGUUAUCUAAAAUGUCUAUUGUUUUUCAGAGGUUCAUUGUGAAGUGUAAAUACAGAAUCACAAAUAGCGAACGAUGUCCUGUACACUCCGUUUUUUUAUGUAGGUUUUGAUAUUGGGUUUUGAUAUUUUGUCUGUUCAUGGUUUCUCACUAUAUUUUUGAUGCCUUGGAUGUUCUUUUAGAUUAAUUUUUUUAGGUCCAUAUUGGAUGGAAGUCAGUACUUGGAAAAAUUAUACACACACUUUAUAUGUUAAGAGACUUCUAGAUUUUAAAGUUUUAUCAAAAAGCUCCACAAAAUAAUUUUGAUUCAGGGCUUGCAGUAAGCCGUGCUAUGUUUCUGUUGCUACUUAAAAGAGCCAUACUCAUUCACUGUUUCUUGAGUAUGUUUGCCCUUUUAGUAGAAUAUAUACAUUAGCACUUCCAAUGUGAGCUCAUUAAACUGCAAGCGGCAAAAGUGCCAAAUAAUUUGACACCUGAUAAAGCAUAGAAGUUAACACAAAGUGGUGUUAUUAUAGCACCCAUUCAUGUUAAAGUGGGCUUCUACUGUUCUUGAUGUAAUUGCAGCGGAAAAAUGUGGGUUAUAAUCCACUGAAAACCUGGAUGACAGAAAGGUUCAUCCUGCGCCCAUUAGACCAUUUACUGGAGCGGUUUGACCAUAUGACAGCAAUCAUUAAUUUUUUAACACAACUUAGUUAAACAUUCUCUUUUCACCACUUCACAUGGUACAUAAUUGUUGUGGAAUAAGACAUUGAAGCAGUUUUGUAGCAUUUCAGAGCAUUAAUUUCGAUUUGUUUCAAAUUGAGUUUGUUUUUAAAGGCAUUUUUUUCUGGAGAACUCUUCAACAGUAUUUACCAGCUGUUGUAAACAAGUAUAUAUAUGUGUGUGUGUGUGUGUGUGUGUGUGUGUGUAUACAAAACACUCUGAAACGCAUUAAAUAAUGUACUGAAGGAAAAUGUGUACAUCACCCCCCUCAUGUAUCAUAUAAAGUUAUCAAAUUGAGAUUUAUUGCAAUGUGAAUGUGAUAAAAUCCAUUUUACACUAAA